UCGACUAGCUGGCGCGCGCUCCGUUUGGUCGUCGACGCUUCAGUAUUCGUUGCGACUCCGUAAAAGUGAGACGCGUUCUCGCGGUGUCUGGCUGCUUCGUAACCGCGUCGUAACCAGAAAACGCGUUCGUGAGGUGCGAGAACGCCUCGAGUAACCGUUUUUGUAACUAUCUGCGUGUACCGGGUGAAAAUUACCGACUCGUGUUAUACAUAUCCUUUCUCCCAUUGUGUGUACUUUGUACACCGGACAGCAACUGGAAGAGGAAAGAGAGGAAGUAAAAAAGGGCCACAUAGGGAGAGCAGAGAAAGGAAAGACGAAAGGAUUAUAUAUUCGAACAACAUGGCCACUGCGAUCGACGACCGGCAGGAGUUGUUGGAGCAAUUUCAAGCGAUCGACGAGAAUGGGGACGGUUUCAUCAACCUCACGGAGUUGCGAAGCGCGUUGGAUAUCUGCGGCUUCAAGAUGCCCGGGUACAAGGUGCGGCAGAUGAUCGAGGAGUACGACGACAAACAGAGGUCGGAGCACAAGGGGCGAUUGUCGUUCGAGGAGUUCGAGAAACUUUGCAAAGAGUUGAAGGCGAACGAAUUGGGAUCCACGUUCAAGCAGGUGGUCUCGAAGAAGGAGAAUUUGGAGACGUUGGGAGGGAUUUCGGAGGCGUCGAGCGAGGGGACCACGCACUCAGUUAGGCUGGAGGAACAGCUCGCCUUCAGCGACUGGAUAAACACGAAUUUGUCGCACGAUCCUGACCUCAAACACCUGCUCCCCAUAGAUCCGGAAGGGAAGACCUUGUACGAGAAGGUCAAGGAUGGGAUUCUUCUUUGCAAAAUAAUCAACCAUUCCUGCCCGGACACGAUCGACGAGCGAACGAUCAAUAAGAAGAACCUAACCCUGUACAAGAAACACGAGAACCUAACGUUGGCGCUGUCGUCCGCCCAAGCGAUCGGGUGCAACAUCGUGAACAUAGACGCCCACGACCUGACCAAAGGCUCGCCCCACCUCGUGCUCGGCCUCCUCUGGCAGAUCAUUCGAAUCGGCCUGUUCAACCAGAUCACCCUCGAGAAUUGUCCAGGCCUCGCCACCCUGUUGCAAGACGGGGAGCGAAUCGAGGAUCUCCUGAAACUCUCGCCCGAGUCGAUCCUCCUCAGAUGGGUGAACCAUCACUUGGAGAACGCCGGCAUAGUGAGAAGGUGUCACAACUUCCAAUCGGACAUCACCGACUCGGAGAUCUACACCUACCUGAUCAAACAGAUCGCGCCCAACACGGCUGGCGUCACUCUCGAGGCAAUGAUGGAGCCGAACCACACGUCCCGCGCCGAGAUUAUGCUGCAACAGGCGGCCAAGCUCGGCUGUCGAAGUUUCGUAACGCCGAGCGACGUGGUGAACGGCAUAUACAAGCUGAACCUCGCGUUCGUCGCCAACAUGUUCAACAAUUACCCGGGACUGGACAAGCCUGAGAACAACAUUGGGCUGGAAUCGUUGGAGGAGACCAGGGAGGAGAAGACGUACAGGAAUUGGAUGAACUCGAUGGGCGUGGUCCCCCACGUGAACUGGCUCUACUCGGACCUGGCCGACGGUCUGGUCAUCUUCCAGCUUUACGACAUCAUCAAACCCGGGACGGUGAACUGGAAUCGGGUGCACAAGAAGUUCACCAAGCUGCGCAAGUUCAUGGAGAAGUUGGAGAAUUGCAAUUACGCGGUCGAGCUUGGGAAAACGAUGAAUUUCUCGUUGGUGGGGAUCGCCGGCCAGGAUAUAAACGACGGCAACGCCACGUUGACCCUUGCGUUGAUCUGGCAAUUGAUGAGGUCGUACACGUUGUCGAUCCUCACGUCGUUGGCGGGCACCCAAGGGAGCAGCUUGGUCGAGAAGGAGAUCGUCCAGUGGGUGAACUCGAAGCUGCAGGGUGCGGGGAAGGCGAGCGGUAUCAAGGGAUUUCAGGACUCGUCGAUAGCCGAUGGUAAGGUGGUGAUCGACCUGAUCGACGCCAUCAAACCCGGCUCGGUAAAUUACGACCUGGUGAAGGAGGGCGGUACCGAGGAGGAGAACCUGGACAACGCGAAGUACGCGAUAUCCUUGGCGCGGAAAUGCGGGGCGCGAGUGUACGCGCUACCCGAAGACAUAACCGAGGUGAAGCCGAAGAUGGUGAUGACGGUGUUCGCCUGCCUGAUGGCGAUGGACUACAUCCCCAACAUGGACUCCAUGAAGCAGAAUAACGUGCAGAUGAACAACAGUCAAUAAUGAUGGCGCGGUGGUCCCACGGGGUGCGCGGGAGGAACUGAGUGUUGUCGACUGAGCCGCGGCGCAUCUCUCGCCGUGUCUCUUUUUUAUCGAGCGUAAUAAUUUGUAUAUAAACCUUAGGCUAGGGUAGGCUUGUUUUCCGGAUCGAAAGGAGCAAAAAGAAGAAAAAGAAAAAAAAAAAGAGAAAAAAAUGAAAAGAAAAGCAAACAAAAAAACGAAGGAAAAUGCGCGUGCGUGCGUGCGAGAGAGAGAGAGUGAGAGAGAGAGAGAAGGGGAGGAAUCGUUUAGAGGAGAGAGACGACGAUUAAAAGUGCGGAGUGCGUUUCAUGGCGUUUGAUCAUUUCGUUUGGCAGACACGUGAUUUUGAGAGUAAUUACAUUUUCGCGAAGCGUGAUGAUGAUUUUCGAAUUUUUAUUUUUUAGAAAGAUAGAAAGUUAGAGAGGACGAGGCAAAAGUAAGCGAAAUAUGACGAGACGCUUCGGAUAAUACGUACUUUUUCUUGUUUCUGGGUAAGAAGCGUAAGGAGAGGAAAGAUAUCUGAAUGAAAAAUAUCGUUUAUCGAUCACGAGUUGUUGUAAGUCGAGUACUUCAUCUGUGUAUCUCUCGUGAUACGAGGGAUUUCUCCUUCCCAAUCAUAUCUUUGUCCCUGUUCUUAAUAUUCCUGAUCGUGAUCCUUUUAAGAUUCGUAUGUAAAUCGAUCAAACGGUCUCUCAAAUGGUAUCGUAGAAAGGAUGGAAAAGUCGAUCGGACCGGAAACGAAAUAAUUCGCGUAUACCGGAUAUACGUGGCUUUCAAAUUGUCGAUUUUAUAUAUACAUAUAUAUAUAUUACAUUUACAUUCUUAAAUCAUAUUAUGUACAUUUGAAAUGUUUACACGUAUUCGAUACCGUGAAAUUGUCAUAACUUUACUUUAUGGCAAUCGGUCUUCGAUCGAUCAAUAGAUCAAUUCGAAAAAUGGAAAUUCUUAGGACGAAUGAUGUAUUUAAUUUUAUAUAUAUAUAUAUAAGAAGAAAGAAAAGAAAGUUUUCACCGCGAGAUACCAUUGUCCAAUGUUCAUCUUCAACUUGAUCUCCGUAAAAAUACAUCCCAAACUUUUGUAUUUAAUAUUUAAUUUUAAACGGUAUAAGUUUUAUUAAAGUGUUAUACACACGAUGCUUGGAUGCAUUUUAAAAGAGAAGAAAUUGAAGGCAGUAAUAAUAAUUAAAAAAAAGGAAAAAUAUAUUAUACACAAGAAUCGAUAUUUCUUUCGUUGCUGUAAAUCUGCGACGCUUAUCAAGCUUACAUUUUUCGUUAUUAUUUUUACCCGAUCGUGAUGAUUCCAACCAUCGACGAAACGAAACGAAACGAACGCACAAUGAUCAUUGUAAUCGUGCCAUUAUAAUUAAUCGUAAUCGUGAUUGGACGCGAUAUUUCGAACGAUCGAUUCAAGCGAAACGUACUUACGUAUCUAUUUAAAGGAGAAAAGAAAAAAAAAAGAAAAAAAAAAGAAGAAAUAACGGAGCGCGUUUUCACGCGAUCGCUCUUCCUCGAAGAAACCCACGUUAUACAGCGAACGAUGAAGCAACGCUUGUUCCUCGUACGCGUUUUUUGCGUAUAAUACGAUUAUACACACGUACGUACACCGAUGUAUAUCUCUUAGAAACAUAUAUCCUAGAGUAAAACUCUCGAGAGUUGGCCGCGAGGGUAUUAUUUCUAUUAUAUCGGAGAGUAAACUUUCGCGCAAUCAAGUCUACUUAAAUCAAGCGUCUAAACUUUCGAAAAUUUUUUUAUUCUUAAAAACGUUUGCAUCUCUCGUAAAACGUUGAUUAAAAAAUCAUUCUUUCGAAACCGAAACGAGCGAAGCGGAAAACAAAUCGACUGAACUCUUUGUACUUUUGUACUCGUUUAUACUCGUUUCUUUUUUUUUUUUCUCUUUCUUUUUUUCUUUUUUUUUUAUUAAAAAUUUUAAAAUACGCUCUACACAACGCGGCGUCACGAUCGAUGUUAUUACAUAUUCGAGAAGUUUGUAUAUUCGAAGUUUAGCUUUUAGAGAAAUCACGUUUUCGAGAAUUUAUAGAGGACUUUUUAUAAAACCGUAUUCUUCAAUUAAAUUAAGAUUAAAGAAUCGUUGGAUCGAAUCGAAGAUAUAUUUGAUCGUAGCUCGACGAGGUAAAUUGAACGAAAGUGCAAUCCAUCGACGUUUGGAACAUUCUUGCAUGGAAGUGAAAGAAGAAAAAGAAGAAGAAGAAAAGUUUCUUAAAGGCACGAGUUAUAACGCAACUUCUUAAAUUAAGGAUAAUAAUUCUUCGAUAUUAAAUGAUUAAACGAGAUCGCGCGUUAAAUUGUUAUCCAUUCCACAGAUAACAUUCGUACCAGGCUGCAUUUUUUUUCUCUAAUCAGAAUGCGAGAUUAUUCACAUUAUUCCGUGCGUUCUGAUCGGAGACGAACCAAUUCAAAGGACGAAGAAGAAGAAGAAGAAGAAGAUUAAUCGGAAGAACGCUGAAGAAUGGCGUGAUUAUUCUUGUGAUGUCGAGUAAUCUUUUUUUAAGAGGGCCGUUUGCAAUCUGCGCAAUUUUUUUAGAUUUAAGAUUACAAAUCGAGGAAAAGAAAAGUUUUUGCUCUUCCCUUCUCCCUUCCCCCCCCCCCUCCAAAGCAAAAGUAAGAUUAGGGGGGGAAAAGAAAAAAGAAAGAAAGAAAGAAAGAAAGAUGCGCGCGAGAGGAAAUAUCUGAUCAUCGAUUAACCAAGUUUUCUUCCGCUGUAUAUUCAUCAAUCAGUAAUUUUCAACUUACAAUGAUCGCUGAUUAAUUAAAAAAAAA